GGAAGGGCUGCCCAGAGAGGUGGUGGAGUCAGCAUCCCUGGAGGUGUCCCAGAAACAUUUAGAUGUGCUACUAAGAGACCUGGUUUAGUGGGGAAGUACUGGCGAUAAGUGGAUGGUUGGACUGGAUGAUUUUGAAGGUCUUUUCCAACCUGGGUGAUUCUGUGAUUACUGGAGGUAUUACUAGAGCAUAUGUUUAUGUCUCUCAGGAUAAGAAAACAUCCUAUUGUUUGCUGAGGGCAGGAGAGAGAACAAGGAUGUUUCUUUAGGAAAUUGCCCUUCUGAAUGUCUGCAGUGCCGCAGUCUUUCCAAGAGCUGAGGCUGAAUUGCAGCACUGACAACUGGCUGAGCCAUGCUGACUUUCAAAUCAGCUCAUCAGUUAUGUAGAAAUGUUGUUGUGAUGAUCCUCAGUGCAUUCAAGGGACUGAUUUCAGCGUCCGUGCAUGGCGUGCUGGUCAGAGGGCUCAAGUUCCUGACAGUGAUGCUGGGGUAUAAAUACAGAGGCUGUAAAAGGAAAUUGCACUGUCCCUUCUCUGUUUGCCAACGUGUUCUUGUGACUGCUUGGUAGCAUGUUGUUCUCCGGGAUUCCUGGACACAGCCAAGGAAUGUCUGAAGAGAUUUCUUCCUUCAAACACUUUUCCUGCUCGUUUUGGAGGAAAGGAUCUUGUCCUUUCACAUGGUGGUUUUCCAGUGUUUUUAUGAUGGUAUUGAAAAGACCAUAUUGAAAAGAUCAUAUUGAAAGUGUUACCUUUCAUUACUGCUUGCUGCAAUGCUUUGAGGGUACAAGCAUGUGCGAGUGUGACCUUGCAGUUCUGACCUUGGAUCAAAGGAACAUCCGAUGGAGAUGGGCCUCCAGCCAAACCAGAAACGAGAAAACAAGUUUGUGUAUCUGUAGGCAACCUGGCGUCUCUGAGAUAUGCGGUGUGUUGGGAGGAGGAGAGGGAACAGGCAUUUCAGUGUUUGCCUUUCUCAGCUCGUGCUGUUGCUGCAUUGAAAUCUGAGAGUUGCUAAGAAUAACCCUGUAUUUCCAUGUAGCCAGGUUUGGUGCCCAUCUGACAGGACAGGCUCACGUUGGGGUGCUUGUGCUGUAUCAUUUCCUGUAGCAGUAAGGCGACAGCCAUUACUGUAGCCUCGGGAAGGAGUUCCUUUGCUGCUGUGUCCCGGAGGAGGUGGAAGAUCCACUGCUUGGUGAUGUAGUGCUCUGGUGAUGGGCCUAGCAAAGGCUCCCAUUGGGUUUGGGCAUGGUUCAGAGUCACUGAGCUGUGGGAUGGGCAGAGCAGAAUCAUGCUCUCAGUGUUCAGCUGAACUUCUGCAGUUCCAGUAACGGUUCCUCAUUCCAGCCCAUUAAAACCCAAGCAACCAUCCCAACAGCCCAUGUUAUGCCAUCCACACUGGGUGCCUCACCCUCCAAGCUGUCCUCAGCAGGAGAGCAGAGCUGUUUGCAGAGUACUUCCAAAACUGCUGUGCCAGGGGCUGCUUUGGAACAUGCAGGACUCCUGAGAAAUGGAGACUUUAAUGCUGGGAAGUCAUCUCAGCUGCCACACAGGGAUCUGCUGCGCCUCUGUGGGACUUCAGGGGAAAAUGGAUUUGAGAAAUCCUGGCGUCCUGUUUCUGAUCACAUGAGAACAGAAGAUACUUGGAAGUUUGACACCCCUGCCAUUGAGCGCACGCUUAACCAGUCUCUCUUUCUGGAUAGUUUGUGUGCUGACCCUCUCCAGAGGUUCCAGAAAUUCAAUCCAAACUCUGGGGCAGCUGAGGCAGGGGGAGACCAUUAUAAGGUGCUGCCAGAGAUCAAGCAGUCUGCAGGGGCUAAUGGAGCCUGUGACGGGACGUGGCCAGGAGGCAGCAGGCUGAUGCCAGCGGGACUCCAGACCAACAGUUUCUUUCCAAAACCUGUAACGCCCCCAUCUGUGGCAUGGAUGCAAGAGACCUGCACGCUGCAUCCGCAUGAGAGGGUCUGUGAGCUCAGUGCUUGGAAACAACAGCUGGACAGUGUGCGACUGCAGAUAGAGCAGAUGCAGUUACAAAAUGGAGGUGCCUGCCACCAUCCCUCCAUGUAUUCUCCUUCACUACCUACACCUGAUCCAGCCCAGUGGAUCAACAUCCUGAACUCCCAUGAAAACCUACUCAAGGAGAAAGAGCUCCUCAUUGACAGGCAAAGGCAACACAUAUCCCAGUUAGAGCAGAAGGUCCGGGAGAGCGAACUGCAGGUUCACAGCGCCCUGCUUGGCUGCCCAGCGCCCUAUGGAGACGUCUGCAUGCUGAGAAUGCAGGAGCUGCAGCGGGAGAACACGUUUCUCCGAGCACAAUUCGCAGAGAAGACUGAAUCUCUCAGUAAGGAGAAGAUUGAAUUGGAAAGAAAACUGGCUGCUGCAGAGGUGGAUGCAAAGCUGAUCCAGGAGACGCUGAAGGAAAAUAAGCAGAUAUAUGCAGAGGAUUUAAAGAAGCAGGAAGAAAGGGUAAAGGGAAGAGACAAACACAUUAAUAACCUUAAAAAGAAAUGCCAGAAGGAAUCUGAACAAAACAGGGAGAGGCAGCAGAGAAUUGAGACCCUGGAACGAUACCUGGCUGAUCUUCCAACUCUUGAGGACCACCAGAAGCAGAGUCAGAAGCUAAAGGAAUCUGAACUGAAGAGUACUGCUCUGCAAGAAACAGUGCUGGCACUGGAAACAGAGCUUGGAAAUUUACGAGCUGCAUUCAGAGAGCAAGGGACGCAGCUAGAAACCCAGAAACAUAAAGAACUGGAACUUCUUUCCACUGUGCACAGCUUGCAGGACAAGGUGCAGCAGUGUGUAAAGAAUGCAGAGAGAGGAACUCCUGUACAGGAUGGGGAGAAACAGAAAAUAGAAAAUGACUCUCUGAAGAAAGAAUGUGACUGCCUCAGGAAGAUUGUGGAAAAACAGCAGAAGAAGAUGGAGCAGUUGUCUUCGCAAGUGAAGAACCUGGAAGAACAGGUGGCCCAGGAAGAAGGAACAAGCCAAGCUCUGAAAGAGGAGGCAGUGAGAAGGGAAAAUGCGCUGCAGCAGCUGCGGACUGCAGUGAAAGAGCUUUCAGUGCAGAACCAGGAUCUCAUUGAGAAGAACCUGACCCUUCAGGAACGGCUCCGGCAGGCAGAGCUGACAGCUCAGCCCCUGCCUGCUGAGACUGCCCGCCUUGCCCAGGAGUUGCACUGUGAGCUGGCCAGCUGCCUGCAGGAUUUGCAGUCUGUCUACAGCAUUGUCACUCAGAGGGCUCAGGGCAAGGAUCCUAAUCUCUCCCUGCUUCUGGGCAUUCGCUCUGCGCAGUACUCAGCUAAGGAGAAGGACGACUUGCUGAGCCCCGAUGCGCUUGCAAAAAAACUGGUGGAGGUAAAACAGCUUCAGAGAGAGGUGGAGGACUUAAGAACGGCAAUAUCUGACAGAUACGCCCAGGACAUGGGAGACAACUGCAUCACUCAGUGAGGAGAGCUCUCCCCCCAGAGUAAGACAGGAAAUGAAGACUUGAACUCUCAGGAGACUAGAACUCCUACAAUUGAAAACCUGUUCAGCACUUUACCAUCCCAAUGCUUGGGUACAAACGUGUGGCUUAUCCAGGAGAAAUUGGGGGUUGUUGCCAGAAGUGUUUAUCUGCUGACUGGCUAACUGGAAUCAUUCAGGGCUUCAGUGUCAGGCUUUGCAGUAGCUUUGAUCUUAUGGAAUGUGUUUUUUGUUGUCUUUGCUGGAGCUGGUGCACUCUCUCACUCUGGGAGAUGAAUUCUGAAUAGCCUCCAAGGCAUGUCAGACACUGAACAUGCAAAUGUGACAAAAGCUAAAACCAACACUAAAAGAAAAUGUAUGCCCUGGUCUUUCUGAUAAAUUCUCUGCACAGAUCCUGUGCAGCUUGUAAGAGUGGAGUGCUAUCAGAGUGCUCAGGGAUAUCUGUGGAUUCUGUAGGCAAGCAGGUGUGCUGAUUAUGCUACCACUAAUUACAUCGCUGUGCUACAGGCUUGUCAGGUGCUGUGUGCAAUUCUGAUUUGGAUGCUUGUGUAGCCAUUCAUGCACCAGGACCUGCUUUGCUCAGGUAAAUGCAGCCAGAGUCUUCUGGUAGCCAACAGGUGUUGGGGAAUAAAACAACACUAACAGAAGACUCAAAAUGCUGCCCCUGGAUCCUAGAAGCCUUAAACCUUUUAUCCCCCUGAAAAAGCACGCGGAGUGUGUGUAUGACCCAGGCUACAGAGGAAAUGGAUUGAUGCUGAAGUGCCUUAAUGUGCUACAGAAGCUUCCUGUUCACACACUGCUUUGUAACUAAUGCAUCUGCUGGCAGGGUGAGGAAUUACUAUUUCUUGUAGCAGCCUUCAGAGCCAUUGCAAACAAUCCUGCAGGGCUCUGAAUGUACGUAGCUCCUGCCUGAGCUGUAGGGACCCUCUGCACAGGGGGACCGCGCUGCAGGCCUGUUAGGAGAACCUGCAUGGCUCUGCUUACUCCUUGUUGAGGAGAAAGCCCUUCUGGUCCUAAAAUGGCAGCAGGAUUGUACAGCUGGAUCUGAGAGCUCCUCCUGAUGCCAGUGAGGCUGCAACUACUCAGGUUUUGUUCUAGUUCUGCCUCUGGUUCUCUGGUUGCUCCCCACUCCUGUGCCAAAUAAUUGGAAUCUAAAUUGGCGUGGGAUACAGUUAAUUUUGUCACAACUUUCUUAAUCUUAGUGGCAACUUUACAGUCCUGAGUGUUGGCUUGAGACAGUACUGUGGUGCCAAGGGUGAAACUUGUGUUGGUUGCUCUCUCUUGACCCACAAAUGAUGAAGUCAGUGGUAAAACAGGGAACGUACUGCUGAAACUUCUGCCCCUUCAAUUGCUCUUGGUUCACACUGGGGCCGUGAGCCCUAAUUUUGAGAGAAAUGUUGUUGUAACUUUUGUGUUAAGAUUUAAGACCAAAUCUGUUUUGUUCUUGAAGUUAGGCCACGAGUUGGUUAGUGUGCCAUGCCAGCCAGCUCCGGGACGGCAUGCAGAGCUUCCAGCAUCUGCUGUGUUACAUCUCAGGCUCUGUCCCCACACUCCUGGUGCCACGUCCUGAGCUCGCUGUGGGCCAAAGCUUGUUGAGGUCCCGGCCGCCGGGAGCUCUGGCACGGAAGGCUGCAGGCUGGGAUGUGCUGUUCAGCAGCAGCCGCCUUCUGCUCUGGGUGCGGUGGGAGAUGUGACUCUGGGUGCAGGGCCGCGUGCGCCUCCUGCCUGUCCGCAACCGGCUGCGCAAAUGGGAUCGCGGCAGAACGCCGCAGCCCUGAGGCUGGGUUGGCUGCCCCAGCCCUGCGCCCGUACUGAGCCCCGGCUUCCGUGUCACCGCUUUGCGGGUUACCCUGCAGGAAACGGCCGUGCUUUUGUCCUGCAAAACGACCUCUGGGCUUAACGCAGAGCCCGGCUGGGCGCGGGACUCGGCCCUUCCUUCGCGAGCACCCUGCGCAGCGUGCAGGACCACGUGCCUCACCUCCCUGCUGGUUGUGCAGUUCGUAUUCCGACGGUUGGCGUUCAGCCUCGCGUUGUUUUCCUUCGUCGAGUCGAGCACGGGUGUAUUUAUAUCGGCGUUUGUCUUUACCCACUUGUUUGUACCGAAUGUUUUGAGUAUAAAAUAAAGCUGCUCUGCUCCA